AUGGCGUCUGAUGAGAUACGUGAGUUCCAAGCUACUAGGGACAAGGUAAGGGCACAAGCCUGUUGUAGUGGCACUUAUGAGACAUGGACUGCGUUCAGAGCUGUGCGUAAUAGCGGAGCUCCCGCGGGCACAGCGGAGCACCAUGGGUAAGAAAAUGUGGUAAACUACCCAUCCGAGAAACGUUUGGUGAUCAUGUGACCGUAUACUGACCGACUGCCUGACCGUCCAUCCGCACCACAGACAUACCUAUGUAAAAUAACUCAAUCAACAGGUAUGGCAACUCAAAUGCAACUGGAGGUUAUUUUGACGGGAAAUCGCAUAGCCACCCGCGUCUUGUAAAGCAGAGACAACUAAAGAUUCCAUGAAGAUGGAAACGGAAAGCGGAAAUUGUCUCUAUAUCCAUGCUUUCUAAAGCAUUAAGCUUAGAUUAAUUGUCAUGUCCACAAAUUUGGAAUACAGAGCAAGAGAAACACAGAGAAAAAGAGAAGGUAGGCGGCAGGCCAGCGAAGUUCAACGAGAAAAAGGGCGACAGAAAUCUAGAGCGAGGGAUAAAAAAAAAGGAGAGAUUUUUUUGUUGGAAGAACAACAUGAAAAUUUUGUAACGGCGGUGACAAAAUGAGAAAUGCUAGCGGUCACCAAUGCAAGGUGAAAAUGAGCGGCAGUGAAAACAAAGUGAACGAGAAAACGUCCGACAUUUCCUCCAUAAAACGUGUAACUUAGAAGUUUCUGGAAGUUUCACGUUGUAGUCGUGCAAAACAGCGGCAAAGAAUGUACAAAAAAGUGUGCUGCACGAGCAUUUUAUAUUUUGUUUGAACAAACUAUAAAUACUACUGAAAGCUGCGCUUGUUGUCAACGGAAAGGCUAUAAGAACAUUUCUGAACACCACUCUCUCGUCAAAGCGACCUAAGGAGAUUUGGCGGGUUAUUCAUAGAGUUAUUCACCCUAGCCCCAGGCCUAUUAGUGCAGAUCCUGAUCAGCUGAAUCGUUAUUUUAUCAAGACAACGGAGAGAACACCAGGCACGGUACUAGACGAGGCCACCGAUCUAGUGGAUUUAACCCGAUCGUUAUCCUUUCCAGCUCCGCACGGUAUCCACUGA